AUGUGCUUACCAAUGUUAAUAGACAGAUUUAGGCCACAGAUUUUACGCUCUCAUAUUAUCCAAUCUAGUUUUAAACCUAUCCCAAAAAACGAUCGGGUUGAUCUUAUCAGUUUUCGGGCGAAAGAUCCUCAGGAUUGGUCUAUGGAGGAUGUAACAGCUUGGAUACUGGAUGUCGCAAAACGAAAUCAGAUCGCUUUCGAAGAUUUAGAAAUGCACAAUUUUGCAGACUGUUGUGGUUCAACGCUUCUGCUAAUGACAGAACAAAAUUUUGAAAGUCGCGACUACAAUUACGGGCAUCUUUUAUUUGUCGAAUUUCGAAAACUACUUUCGGCAAUGGUGAGGACUCUUAAAAAAAAUUUUCCAGUAUCACUUAGUUCUUUUACUCUUUCUCUUUCAGUUUAUACGAAUCAACUGUUAUGCAAUGAAAAAAGCAGUAAGAAGAAUAAGGAUGGAAAACCACGAAAACGCUCGCAACAUACGAAAGGCAACAAAUUAUGGGAAUUUAUUCGAGAUGCGCUAAGGAAUCCAACAACGUGUCCAAGUGUUGUUCGUUGGGAAGACGCAAGCGAGGGCGUAUUUCGCAUAGUCGAAUCCGAGAAACUCGCCAAAUUAUGGGGUGAAAAGAAAAAUAACCAAAAAAUGACGUAUGAAAAAUUGAGCCGUGCUAUGAGGACAUAUUAUGAAAAACGAAUACUCGUUCCCGUACCGAAAACUGGCCUUUACCCCAAGAAGUUAGUCUAUAAAUUUGGUCCAAGCGCAUACGGCUGGGACAGCAAAGUAAAGAUGAAACUUUAA